GACUCGGCGACUGCAGAUAUCGCUAGUGACGUCGGUAAGACGAACAUCCGCUGCACGCUCGCGUGGACCAGGCCUGAAGCCCUCCAGAGGAUAUGGGGGCCACCACCGUAGCACUGCUGGUCAUACUGGCUGCCGCCGCUGCCGUGCCUAAACGACAGACCCCCGAAUUUGAUCAGGUACAGCAGACGCGUCAGAAGAAUAUCUUACGGCUGCUGACUCGUUACCGACAGCCACCGCUAUGGGAAGACAUGGCUGCGAUUGCCGGAAACUACACCCUCCAACCCGAAAACUACCAGGUACCAGAAUUGGUCGAAGACUUUGUGCAGAGGAAGCGUAGUGGUGAAUUUCUCGCCUUUGAUGAGCCCACCUCCGUGUUGGAAGACAGCGAUGUGGACCAAAUAAAGCUUUUCGUGGACCUGCUGUACCACUCCAAGGACUAUGACACGUUCUACAAGACGGCUGUUUAUCUUCGUGAGACAGUAAACAAAGCCCAGUUUAUUAUCUCAUUUCUCAUAUCCGUGAAGAUGCGCCAAGACACGAAGGACUUCCUCUUGCCGCCCCUCUUCGAGAUACGUCCUGAACUCUUCAUCACCUCCGACGUCAUACAGCAGGUCUACGACCUCAAGAUGCGAGGAGGUCUCAGGCCUCUCGACGUAGGCCAAUAUUACAUCCUGAGCAACCACACACAGUACAGGACCGUCCAUACACCAGAGGAGAAGCUGUCCUACUUCACGGAGGAUGUUUGGCUGAAUGAGUAUUUCGCAGAUUUGAAUUACCGCUAUCCGUACUUCCUUAGCGCCUCUAACUACACCUUGACCAACGGCGAUGUCCGCGGUGACGUCUUCUACCACACACUGAGGCACCUGUAUGCUCGUUACUUCCUAGAACGGUUGUCCCACGGAUUGCCAGAGGUAGCUCCCCUGAGCUGCGAAAAAGGCGUACCGACUGGUUACAAUCCCCAGCUCAAGCUACUGAAUGGCGUCGAACUCCAUUUACGUCCCAAGAAUCAAAACCUUCUGGAUGCUGAUGCUUUUGCUCUGCAAAGGAUCCGCUAUUCUGAGUACAGGCUAUACGAAAUGGUGGAUACAGGUUAUGUAGUAUCUGCAACGGGCGGUCGGAAGAGGUACAAGCAAAGUGAAGCAACCAACAUUCUGGGGAACCUGAUACAGGGUACCGCGGACUCCAUCCACCCUAGGUAUUACGGCGCCUUGUACAAGGACCUCCUAUCGCUCAUUGGCAGAUACGACCCUACGCAGCGAUAUGGACUCGCCGCCAGCGUGCUGGGAAAAUAUGAGACCAUGCUCCGAGACCCAGUGUUUUUCCAGAUCGUGAAGAGAAUCUUGAAUAUCUUUGAGCAGUACCAGAACUAUCUUGAACCCUACACGAGGAAGGAGCUGGAGUUCCCUGGACUCAAAAUCGAAUCUCUGGAAGUGGACCGCCUGGUGACGUACUUCGAUGGAUUCGAUUUGGAGGUGGACAACUCGUUGAAAGCAUCCAGCACUGAAGAAAUCGAGAAGAUCAAGAUCUUCGCCAGCAAGCAACGCCUCAACCACAAGCCGUUUACAUACCGCAUCAAGGUGUUCAGUGAGAAGCCGACCAAGGCGAUCUUCCGUACCUUCUAUGGACCACGCUACGACUCAUACGGCAACGAGAUGACACUGGAUGAGGCUAGGCAGUACUUCGUAGAAAUCGAUCGCUUCGUCUAUGAAUUGGUCGCUGGCGAGAACGAUUUCAUCACUCGCAGCUCCAGCGACUUCGUGAGUGCGGAGUACGGCUCGCUGUACAUGGCGCGCCUGCAGGAGGUGGUGGAGCUGGCGCUGCAGGGGCGCGGCGACUACUCGCCGGCCAGCGAGUUCCGCCUCGGCUUCCCGGACGGCCUGCUGCUGCCGCGCGGCGCCCCUGGCGGCCUGCCGCUGCGAGUCUACGUCAUCGCCAGCCCGCUGCCCCGGGGCGUGCCCGCCGCCCAAGUCGCCGGCCCGCGGGCGCCCAUCGCCGGCGACUGGUUCGUGUCACUCGCCGACGGCCGUCCCGUCGCCUUCCCCUUCGACCGCCGCAUCCCGCACACCCACAACUUCCGCGUGCCCAACUCCUACACCGAGGACGUCACCGUCCAUCAAGGGACCAUCGACGACUAAAUGCAAGCCCCCGUGUUCACUCUCCUCGCAUUAACAGUUAGCGUGUCAAAUAAAUCGUCCUUUCUCUUCACAAAGUAAAUGUAUUUUUAUUUCA